AUGGUUUUCAUUCUCGGCGUCAACUUCGACGAGGGCAAGCUCGUACAGAAAGCCCUCCAAUCAUUCUACGCCCUAGGAUCAACGACAUCCUCGCGCAUCAUGGCCAAAUACUCUAUCCACAGACUCGCCAAAGUCGGCUCCCUGAGUCCCCGAACAGUAACGUCCCUGACGGCAGAAUUAUCACAAAUGACGAUUGAGACGGACGCAAGAAGGAUAGUACAGGACAACAUCAAAAGAUUAAAAGAUAUUGGGUCGUAUCGCGGUCGACGUCACGCCAUGGGACUGCCGGUACGCGGUCAACGAACACGCACGCAGACUGCUACGGCCAACAAGCUGAACAGAGUGGAUCGCCGAGCCUAA